CAUUGUAAUCCCUUUCAUUAGCCUAAUAUUAUUCUUUUGUUUUUCUACCUUCACUUCACUCUGUUUUCUUGCCAUGGCUUCUUCCUUUCGUCCCUCAAUUUCUUCCUUCAUGUUACCCUCCCUUUCUUCUUGCAACCCUUCUCAAAAGUUCUCUCUUUUUCAUCUGGGUAGCGGUAUUAGACGGUUUCAUGAUUUUGGCCUGAAACCUUCUAAGUUUUUGAGGCAUGAUGAUGAUAACUGCAUGAGGGCGAAGGCAUCUGGGAACACGUCCUCAAUUGCUGCACCAGAAAAUGCCCUGGAUUGGGUCAAACAUGACAAGAGAAGAAUGCUUCAUGUUGUGUAUCGUGUUGGGGACUUGGACAAGACCAUAAAAUUUUAUACAGAGUGCCUGGGAAUGAAGUUGCUCAGACAGCGUGACAUGCAAGAGCAGAGACAUACUAAUGCCUUUCUUGGAUAUGGGCCUGAGGAUGCACACUUUGCUGUUGAACUCACAUACAGUAAGAGCAAUUAUGGGAUUGACAAGUAUGACAUUGGAGAUGGAUUUGGUCGUUUUGGUCUUGCUGUUGAUGAUAUCUCAAGAAUAGUGGAACUUGUCAGAGCUAAGGGUGGAAAAAUUACUAGAGAGCCUAUGCUUGUCAAGGGAGGCAACUCAGUAAAUGCAUUUAUUGAAGAUCCUGAUGGUUAUCAAUUUGAACUUUUAGAAAGGGCUCCCUCUCCCGAGCCUUUGUGCAAAGUAAUGCUUCGAGUUUGUGAUCUUGACCGUUCCAUCAAAUUUUAUGAGAAGGCUUUUGGUAUGGAGCUACUUCGAACACAGGAUGAUCCAGAAUCCAAGAACACAAUAGCAAUACUGGGAUAUGGUCCAGAGGAAAAAUGUACUGUCCUGGAGUUGACUUACAACUAUGGAGUCACGAAAUAUGAUAAAGGAGAUGCUUAUGCUCAGAUUGCAAUUGCUACAGAUGAUGUGUACAAAACUGCCGAAGCAAUUAAACUUGCAGGAGGGAAGAUUACUCGGGAACCUGGACCAAUACCUGACAUAAAGACAAAGAUCACAUCAUGUGAGGAUCCUGAUGGUUGGAAAACUUGUUACUCCUCAGCAUCAACAAUGAAUCAUGGCAGACAAAGCUCAAAGGUACCCUUUGGAGAGAAAGAACUCUUCACUUCAUCAUUUUUUUCCUUCACCCUCUUCACACCAAAUAAUCACACCCUCUUCAGUUUCUGCCCCAUGUUUUCUACCAUUGAAUUCAAUGAGCUAAACAAUUCCAAUUCCUUCACACCAACUGAAGAUUCAUCUGGCUAUUGUGAUGUUCUUGAGGACCUUUCUUAUGCCAAGUCAGACACAGAUUCAUGCAAUGAGGCAUGUGGUGAUGAAUCAGAUGAAGAAGUGAGUUUGGAGGAGUUGCUGCAAGAUGGAAAAACAAAGGAGAAAGUUGAAGUAUUGGCUGCAAUGGUUGGACUUGAAACUACUGAUCCAGCAACUGUGCUGAAUGAAGUAGUGAGAGUUCUUAAGGUUUUGAACAAGAUAAAUCAGUAUCAGUUAAGUGCUUAAAUGAGGUUAAGAAUUUCAGUUCUUCUCAUAUGAUGGCCUCAACCAUUUUUUUACUUGUUGAAAUGUGACUUGUGCACUAUUUCUCAUGUCUUUGAAUCUAACACUUAUAAACUAUUGAGCUUCAUAA